AUGUCCUGGAACAGUCUGGAGGAGUUCAUCAGUUUCUUCAUCGCGAGCCAGGAGUGCGCGCCGCUGCCGGUCCUGACGCUCCACGAGGAGAGCGGGGGUGACCGCGUGACGAACGGCUUCGAUCUGCUGUUUGAGAUGAUCCGCCAGUCGAUCUACAGCUCGGCGGCGUUCAGCGACGAGGAGAGGGAUGCCAUGAAGAGGAAGAAACUGGAUCUGCUACGAAGGCUCAGGGCUGCAUUGAAGGACAUCGACACGGGUUGCUCCCCCGAGCUCCCGCCCUGGGAGUGGUCGGACGCAUCCAAGGAGCGGGUGUACCAGGAGAUGUGCCGGUAUCUCCGCGACCUUGCCAAGGUGUACGCGAUGCACGAGGAGAUCGACCUGCGCUUUGCCCCCAUGGCCGACAUCCACCCUUCCCACCCCGUCAACACCGCCGCCGCCGACCACUUCCUCGCGCUGUGCCGGCUGACCAAGAUGGACAGCCCCGACUGGGCCUCUGGAGCUCCGGAUGAGUUUAAGAAGCACCUGGAUGUUGGCUUAGAAGACCUUGCCCGCCGCCCCUACUGGCUCAACGUUUGCAUCCACGCCUACAAGAUCCGCCUGGAGGAGGCGGGGUUGGCUUGA